AUGACUGGACACGGUGACAAGUUCUCGACUUCAGUGAUACUGGGCCUACUGACCGCUACCAUGACAAUCAUUACCGCAGGUAGCGUCGGUCUUGUGGGUUUCAUGCUAGGGCGUCAGCUGCCGAAUCAAGUAAUGGACAAGAGCAAACCUAGCAGCAAGCAGCAUCAGCAGCCGGACGAGUCCGCGUUAAACGAACUUAAACGUCGCCGCUUGUGCAUUCCUAAUGGUACAGCGAGCGAAGACUUGAAGAUUACGGAUAAGAAGGCAAUCAUGGACGUGCGCAUUUCUGAUAUCCGACCGCUCAUUCCGCCGGCGAUUCUGCUCGAAGAGAUUCCGCUUACGACGAAGAUUGUACAGACUAUCACUCAUGGACGUCAGGAUUUGGCCAAUAUUCUACGUCGUCUGGACGACCGUCUUGUGGUGGUCGUGGGGCCUUGCUCCAUUCACGACACGGACGCCGCUAUGGAUUACGCGGAGCGUCUGAUGGAAAUUAAGAAGGAGCUAAACAAGGAUUUGCUUAUCGUCAUGCGCGUUUACUUCGAGAAGCCCCGCACGACCGUUGGGUGGAAAGGUCUAAUCAAUGAUCCGGACCUUGAUGGAUCAUUUAACAUUAACAAGGGACUACGUGUAGCACGCGAGCUGCUGGCUGCUAUCAACGAGCUCGGACUACAGGCUGGCUGCGAAUUCCUUGAUACCAUGUCGCCGCAGUUCAUCUCGGACCUGGUCAGCUGGGGUGCCAUUGGUGCCCGCACAACCGAGUGCCAGCUGCACCGUGAGCUCUGCUCGGGUCUUUCCAUGCCCAUCGGCUUCAAGAACGGCACAGGCGGUGAUCUGCAGCUAGCUGUUGACGCCGUCGUAGCGGCUAAGCACCCACACUGCUUCCUCAGCGUGAGCUCGCAAGGUUUGGCUGCUAUUGUCAACACCUCAGGCAACGACAUGUGCCACUUGAUUCUUCGUGGCGGUAAAUCAGGUCCCAACUUUGAGAAGGAACAUAUCGAUGAUGCGUCUGCUCGCAUGCUUAAAUCGAACUUGAUGGACAAUAUUAUGGUAGACUGCUCACACGGCAACUCGCAGAAGAAGCACAAGAAUCAGGUUGUGGUGGCUGCUAACAUCGCCGACCAGCUACGCGCCGGUGACAACCGCAUUGUUGGCGUAAUGCUCGAGUCUAACAUUGAGGAGGGAAACCAGCCUUUGACUAUGGGCAAGCCGCUCAUAUACGGCAAGAGUGUGACUGAUGCAUGUAUGGGAUGGGAGACCACCGUCGAAGUAUUGCGCGAUCUGGCUGCUGCUGUGCGCGAGCGUCGGGCGAAGAAUGAUCAGUAG